CCGCCCACAAAAAGGACACAAUCCAAGGACAGCCAGGCAGCAGCACGUUGACAAGAUGCAACUGUUCGUAAUCUGCCUGCUGGUGGCCACCACGGCCGCAUUCACAAUGUUCGGCCCGCACAUCCGCAUCGUGCCUGGCCAAAAGCCCAACGAGAUAGUCCUUCAAUUUCGCAAUCCGUGCAACAAUAAAACCAGCACCACGACCCUAAAGCCGCCACCACCUGCGUGUCCAGAUCAUCCCACCACGCCAGCCUGUGAGCACCGCAUUACCAGUCCGGCUCCCACGAAGCCUCCAUGCCCUCAUGCCACCACCACUCCGCACAAUUGUGGGGGCGACACGACGAGUUCAAGUAGGGCCACCACUCCCAAGCCAACAUUGCAAACGACUAUAGGGACAACCUUCAAGACGACGACAUUGAAGCCCACUGAAGGGACAACGGUCAUACCGACCACUCUUAAACCCACAGAGUCAACGACAGGGAAGACCACAGAGAAGACUUCUCCCAAACCAACAACUCUGACGCCGACUGAGCCUACGACUCUGAAACCCACAGAAGGAACAACGGCCAAGCCGACAACUCUAAAACCAACUGAGCCAACGACAGUGAAGACCACAGAGAAGACGUCUGCCAAACCGACAACUCUGAAACCCACUGAGCCCACGACUCCGAAGCCCACUGAAGGAACAACGGCAAAACCAACAACUCUGAAACCAACAGCGGCAACGACAGUAAAGACCACAGAGAAGACGUCCGCGAAACCGACAACUCUGAAACCCACUGAGCCCACGACUCUGAAGCCAACUGAAGGAACAACGGCCAAACCAACAACUCUGAAACCAACAGAGGCAACGACAGUAAAGACCACAGAGCCCACGACAACUCUUAAACCAACAACUCUGAAACCAACAGAGGCAACGACAGUAAAGACCACAGAGAAGACAUCCGCGAAACCGACAACUCUGAAACCCAUUGAGCCCACGACUCUGAAGCCAACUGAAGGAACAACGGCCAAACCAACAACUCUGAAACCAACUGAAGGAACAACGGCCAAGCCAACAACUCUGAAAACAACAGAGGCAACGACAGUAAAGACCACAGAGAAGACAUCCGCGAAACCGACAACUCUGAAACCCACUGAGCCCACGACUCUGAAACCCACUGAAGAAACAACGGCCAAACAAACAACUCAGAAACCAACUGAAAGAACAACGGCCAAGCCAACAACUCUGAAAACAACAGAGGCAACGACAGUAAAGACCACAGAGCCCACGACAACUCUUAAACCAACAACUCUGAAGCCAACAGAGGCAACGACAGUAAAGACCACAGAGAAGACGUCCGCGAAACCGACAACUCUGAAACCCAUUGAGCCCACGACUCUGAAGCCAACUGAAGGAACAACGGCCAAACCAACAACUCUGAAACCAACAGAGGCAACGACAGUAAAGACCACAGAGCCCACGACAACUCUUGAACCAACAACUCUUGAACCAACAACUCUGAAACCAACAGAGGCAACGACAGUAAAGACCACAGAGCCCACGACAACUCUUAAACCAACAACUCUGAAACCAACAGAGGCAACGACAGUAAAGACCACAGAGAAGACGUCCGCGAAACCGACAACUCUGAAACCCACUGAGCCCACGACUCUGAAGCCAACUGAAGGAACAACGGCCAAACCAACAACUCUGAAACCAACUGAAGGAACAACGGCCAAACCAACUACUCUGAAACCAACAGAGGCAUCGACAGUAAAGACCACAGAGCCCACGACAACUCUUAAACCAACAACUCUGAAACCAACAGAGGCAACGACAGUAAAGACCACAGAGAAGACGUCCGCGAAACCGACAACUCUGAAACCCACUGAGCCCACGACUCUGAAGCCAACUGAAGGAACAACGGCCAAACCAACAACUCUGAAACCAACAGAGGCAACGACAGUAAAGACCACAGAGCCCACGACAACUCUUAAACCAACAACUCUGAAACCAACAGAGGCAACGACAGUAAAGACCACAGAGAAGACGUCCGCGAAACCGACAACUCUGAAACCCACUGAGCCCACGACGCUGAAGCCAACUGAAGGAACAACGGCCAAGCCAACAACUCUGAAACCAACAGAGGCAACAACAGUAAAGACCACAGAGCCCACGACAACUCUUAAACCAACAACUCUGAAACCAACAGAGGCAACGACAGUAAAGACCACAGAGAAGACGUCCGCGAAACCGACAACUCUGAAACCCACUGAGCCCACGACGCUGAAGCCAACUGAAGGAACAACGGCCAAGCCAACAACUCUGAAACCAACAGAGGCAACAACAGUAAAGACCACAGAGCCCACGACAACUCUUAAACCAACAACUCUGAAACCAACAGAGGCAACGACAGUAAAGACCACAGAGAAGACGUCCGCGAAACCGACAACUCUGAAACCCACUGAGCCCACGACGCUGAAGCCAACUGAAGGAACAACGGCCAAGCCAACAACUCUGAAAACAACAGAGGCAACGACAGUAAAGACCACAGAGAAGACGUCCGCGAAACCGACAACUCUGAAACCCACUGAGCCCACGACUCUGAAGCCAACUGAAGGAACAACGGCCAAACCAACAACUCUGAAACCAACUGAAGGAACAACGGCCAAGCCAACAACUCUGAAACCAACAGAGGCAACGACAGUAAAGACCACAGAGCCCACGACAACUCUUAAACCAACAACUCUGAAACCAACAGAGGCAACGACAGUAAAGACCACAGAGCCCACGACAACUCUGAAACCAACAACUCUGAAACCAACAGAGGCAACGACAGUAAAGACCACAGAGCCCACGACAACUCUUAAGCCAACAACUCUGAAACCAACAGAGGCAACGACAGUAAAGACCACAGAGAAGACAUCCGCGAAACCGACAACUCUGAAACCCACUGGGCCCACGACUCUGAAGCCAACUGAAGGAACAUCGGCCAAACCAACAACUCUGAAACCAACAGAGGCAACAACAGUAAAGACCACAGAGCCCACGACAACUAUAAAACCAACAACUCUGAAACCAACAGAGGCAACGACAGUAAAGACCACAGAGCCCACGACAACUAUAAAACCAACAACUCUGAAACCCACUGAGCCCACGACGCUGAAGCCAACUGAAGGAACAACGGCCAAGCCAACAACUCUGAAAACAACAGAGGCAACGACAGUAAAGACCACAGAGAAGACGUCCGCGAAACCGACAACUCUGAAACCCACUGAGCCCACGACUCUGAAGCCAACUGAAGGAACAACGGCCAAACCAACAACUCUGAAACCAACUGAAGGAACAACGGCCAAACCAACAACUCUGAAAACAACAGAGGCAACGACAGUAAGGACCACAGAGAAGACGUCCGCGAAACCGACAACUCUGAAACCCACUGAGCCCACUACUCUGAAGCCAACUGAAGGAACAACGGCCAAACCAACAACUCUGAAACCAACAGAAGCAACGACAGUAAAGACCACAGAGAAGACGUCCGCGAAACCGACAACUCUGAAACCCACUGAGUCCUCGACUCUGAAGCCAACUGAAGGAACAACGGCCAAGCCAACAACUCUGAAACCAACAGAGGCAACGACAGUAAAGACCACAGAGAAGACGUCCGCGAAACCGACAACUCUGAAACCCACUGAGUCCUCGACUCUGAAGCCAACUGAAGGAACAACGGCCAAGCCAACAACUCUGAAACCAACAGAGGCAACGACAGUAAAGACCACAGAGAAGACGUCCGCGAAACCGACAACUCUGAAACCCACUGAGCCCACGACUCUGAAGCCAACUGAAGGAACAACGGCCAAACCAACAACUCUGAAACCAACUGAAGGAACAACGGCCAAGCCAACAACUCUGAAACCAACAGAGGCAACGACAGUAAAGACCACAGAGAAGACGUCCGCGAAACCGACAACUCUGAAACCCACUGAGUCCUCGACUCUGAAGCCAACUGAAGGAACAACGGCCAAGCCAACAACUCUGAAACCAACAGAGGCAACGACAGUAAAGACCACAGAGAAGACGUCCGCGAAACCGACAACUCUGAAACCCACUGAGCCCACGACUCUGAAGCCAACUGAAGGAACAACGGCCAAACCAACAACUCUGAAACCAACUGAAGGAACAACGGCCAAGCCAACAACUCUGAAACCAACAGAGGCAACGACAGUAAAGACCACAGAGAAGACGUCCGCGAAACCGACAACUCUGAAACCCACUGAGCCCACGACUCUGAAGCCAACUGAAGGAACAACGGCCAAACCAACAACUCUGAAACCAACUGAAGGAACAACGGCCAAACCAACUACUCUGAAACCAACAGAGGCAACGACAGUAAAGACCACAGAGCCCACGACAACUCUUAAACCAACAACUCUGAAACCAACAGAGGCAACGACAGUAAAGACCACAGAGACCACGACAACUCUGAAACCAACAGAGGCAACGACAGUAAAGACCACAGAGCCCACGACAACUCUGAAACCAACAGAGGCAACGACAGUAAAGACCACAGAGAAGACGUCCGCGAAACCGACAACUCUGAAACCCACUGAGCCCACGACUCUGAAGCCAACUGAAGGAACAACGGCCAAACCAACAACUCUGAAACCAACUGAAGGAACAACGGCCAAACCAACUACUCUGAAACCAACAGAGGCAACGACAGUAAAGACCACAGAGCCCACGACAACUCUUAAACCAACAACUCUGAAUCCAACAGAGGCAACGACAGUAAAGACCACAGAGAAGACGUCCGCGAAACCGACAACUCUGAAACCCACUGAGCCCACGACUCUGAAGCCAACUGAAGGAACAACGGCCAAACCAACAACUCUGAAACCAACUGAAGGAACAACGGCCAAACCCACUACUCUGAAACCAACAGAGGCAUCGACAGUAAAGACCACAGAGCCCACGACAACUCUUAAACCAACAACUCUGAAACCAACAGAGGCAACGACAGUAAAGACCACAGAGAAGACGUCCGCGAAACCGACAACUCUGAAACCCACUGAGCCCACGACGCUGAAGCCAACUGAAGGAACAACGGCCAAGCCAACAACUCUGAAACCAACAGAGGCAACAACAGUAAAGACCACAGAGCCCACGACAACUCUUAAACCAACAACUCUGAAACCAACAGAGGCAACAACAGUAAAGACCACAGAGCCCACGACAACUCUUAAACAAACAACUCUGAAACCAACAGAGGCAACAACAGUAAAGACCACAGAGCCCACGACAACUCUUAAACCAACAACUCUGAAACCAACAGAGGCAACGACAGUAAAGACCACAGAGACCACGACAACUCUGAAACCAACAGAGGCAACGACAGUAAAGACCACAGAGCCCACGACAACUCUGAAACCAACAGAGGCAACGACAGUAAAGACCACAGAGAAGACGUCCGCGAAACCGACAACUCUGAAACCCACUGGGCCCACGACUCUGAAGCCAACUGAAGGAACAACGGCCAAACCAACAACUCUGAAACCAACAGAGGCAACAACAGUAAAGACCACAGAGCCCACGACAACUCUUAAACCAACAACUCUGAAACCAACAGAGGCAACAACAGUAAAGACCACAGAGCCCACGACAACUCUUAAACCAACAACUCUGAAACCAACAGAGGCAACGACAGUAAAGACCACAGAGAAGACGUCCGCGAAACCGACAACUCUGAAACCCACUGAGCCCACGACUCUGAAGCCAACUGAAGGAACAACGGCCAAACCAACAACUCUGAAACCAACUGAAGGAACAACGGCCAAACCAACUACUCUGAAACCAACAGAGGCAUCGACAGUAAAGACCACAGAGCCCACGACAACUCUUAAACCAACAACUCUGAAACCAACAGAGGCAACGACAGUAAAGACCACAGAGAAGACGUCCGCGAAACCGACAACUCUAAAACCCACUGAGCCCACGACUCUGAAGCCAACUGAAGGAACAACGGCCAAACCAACAACUCUGAAACCAACAGAGGCAACGACAGUAAAGACCACAGAGCCCACGACAACUCUUAAACCAACAACUCUGAAACCAACAGAGGCAACGACAGUAAAGACCACAGAGAAGACGUCCGCGAAACCGACAACUCUGAAACCCACUGAGCCCACGACUCUGAAGCCAACUGAAGGAACAACGGCCAAACCAACAACUCUGAAACCAACAGAGGCAACGACAGUUAAGACCACAGAGCCCACGACAACUCUUAAACCAACAACUCUGAAACCAAUAGAGGCAACGACAGUAAAGACCACAGAGACCACGACAACUCUGAAACCAACAGAGGCUACGACAGUAAAGACCACAGAGAAGACGUCCGCGAAACCGACAACUCUGAAACCCACUGAGCCCACGACUCUGAAGCCAACUGAAGGAACAACGGCCAAGCCAACAACUCUGAAUCCAACAGAGGCAACAACAGUAAAGACCACAGAGCCCACGACAACUCUUAAACCAACAACUCUGAAACCAACAGAGGCAACGACAGUAAAGACCACAGAGAAGACGUCCGCGAAACCGACAACUCUGAAACCCACUGAGCCCACGACUCUGAAGCCAACUGAAGGAACAACGGCCAAGCCAACAACUCUGAAACCAACAGAGGCAACAACAGUAAAGACCACAGAGCCCACGACAACUCUUAAACCAACAACUCUGAAACCAACAGAGGCAACGACAGUAAAGACCACAGAGACCACGACAACUCUGAAACCAACAGAGGCUACGACAGUAAAGACCACAGAGAAGACGUCCGCGAAACCGACAACUCUGAAACCCACUGAGCCCACGACUCUGAAGCCAACUGAAGGAACAACGGCCAAGCCAACAACUCUGAAUCCAACAGAGCCAACGACAGUAAAGACCACAGAGACCACGACAACUCUGAAACCAACAGAGGCAACGACAGUAAAGACCACAGAGCCCACGACAACUCUGAAACCAACAGAGGCAACGACAGUAAAGACCACAGAGAAGACGUCCGCGAAACCGACAACUCUGAAACCCACUGAGCCCACGACUCUGAAGCCAACUGAAGGAACAACGGCCGAGCCAACAACUCUGAAACCAACUGAAGGAACAACGGCCAAACCAACAACUCUGAAACCAACAGAGGCAACGACAGUUAAGACCACAGAGCCCACGACAACUCUGAAACCAACAACUCUGAAACCAACAGAGGCAACGACAGUAAAGACCACAGAGACCACGACAACUCUGAAACCAACAACUCUGAAGCCAACAGAGGCUACGACAGUAAAGACCACAGAGAAGACGUCCGCGAAACCGACAACUCUGAAACCCACUGAGCCCACGACUCUGAAGCCAACUGAAGGAACAACGGCCAAACCAACAACUCUGAAACCAACUGAAGGAACAACGGCCAAACCAACAACUCUGAAACCAACAGAGGCAACGACAGUUAAGACCACAGAGCCCACAUCAACUCUUAAACCAACAACUCUGAAACCAACAGAGGCAACGACAGUAAAGACCACAGAGACCACGACAACUCUGAAACCAACAACUCUGAAACCAACAGAGGCUACGACAGUAAAGACCACAAAGCAGACGUCCGCGAAACCGACAACUUUAAAACCCACUGAGCCCACGACUCUGAAGCCAACUGAAGGAACAACGGCCAAGCCAACAACUCUGAAUCCAACAGAGCCAACGACAGUAAAGACCACAGAGACCACGACAACUCUGAAACCAACAGAGGCAACGACAGUAAAGACCACAGAGCCCACGACAACUCUGAAACCAACAGAGGCAACGACAGUAAAGACCACAGAGAAGACGUCUGCAGAACCUACAACUCUGAAUCCUUCUGAGCCAACAACAGGUAAGACGACAGAGCAAACAUUUGUCGAACCGACAACUUUGAAACCCACUGAACCCACGACUCUUAAGCCAACUGAAGGAACAACGGUCAAACUUACAACUCUGAAACCCACUAAGCGAACGUCUCUGAAGCCCACUAAGCGUACAAAGACGAAGAAGACAACCAUUGCGACUACUACGACCACCGCAACUCUUCCUCCGUUUAAUAUCUUUGAUGUGAUAACUGAAGCGGCAUUAACAGCUGCGGCUGAUGUUUUGUAAAAGGCUCGAAACACUAAUUGCAUUAAGCUUGUUUAAGUCUUAAUCAAAUUCUAAUAAUAAUAAACAAUAUUCUAAUAAACACUCAA